AUGUCUUGUCCUCUCGAUAUUCACUCAAACGUGAACCCCGAUGCCUUUGACGAAAUUGAGAACGUGGAUCCUCAUAACGUUUACAACAUGCUGAUGCAACCACCGCCGCUUUCCAGAAGUGUCGAAUCGAAUAGUGAAGACGAAACCCCCGGUAUUCGAUUGAACGAUGGUCCUAGCCAGACACGGCCUCUCGUUCGAAGAGAGAAUUCCACUAGCCAUGGGAACGAGGAUUUCUUCGACUUCAUUCACGAGACCACCACACCUCACAUGCCCCCGAAGAAGAUGCCUGACACGGCGCUUGAAUCACUGUCGGAUAACAAUCCUACAUCUGUCACUCCUGUUUCCUCUCUAGAACAGGAGAACUCCCCAGUCGCUCCGCAUCCCGGGAACAAAUCCCACAAUCCUACCGACGGCAGUUUCUCUUCCUCGCAAGCCUCAGUUGCUUGUACUGCGUCAGAAACCCCUAAGGACGCAAAUUCCAAUGAAGAAGGCAGCUAUCCGAGAAGCUGUCUUCCAUCCAAAACCGAUUGGACCUCUGACGGCCCGUUGGAAACCUCUUCUUAUGCUGAUCGAGUAUUGAAAGACUUCAUCAACGGCAAUGCGUUUGAUGACACGUCCCCUGACGGCUCGGACACCGACUAUGUCGACGAGAGCGCCAUUGACGACGAGGAUGAUUCUUCCGACUGCGCAGACUCGAUCGAAGACAGCAACAAGUCCAGCAUCGACGAGAAGACCUUCCAGCGGGUCGACUCGAAGAUUCACCUACGCUCGCGCCGCUCUCUCAUUACCCUCAUGAUCAACGGGCAGAGCAGACGCGGCCGGGCUGGCAACAUUGCCUCUCAGUCUACCUCAGCACUCCCUCCGACUCGCAUCAGCCAUUCAGUAUCAUUUGACUUGGCUGUCUCUCCCAACGACUCCGACGAUGCUGCUUUGACAAUGAAGCGUGGCGACCGCUCCUUGUCUCAAAAGCCCAUCACCGAGGUGCCCCCUUCCGUCGCUCGUCCUAUGCCUGCGACUGCCAGCCACAGCCACCUACAGGCCGCCCUCACCCCACGAACCACACGACGCAACAUGCUCGCGACUGAGCUUACCGAGUCUCUCCGACGAAAUCUGCUCUGGGAGCGCCAACUAAAGUCCUCGACCGCCAAUGCAGUUCUCAAGCGCCGCCAUAUUUCUCACGAAGUCGGCAGCCUGAAGCAGUAUCCCGAGAAGGCCUACAUAAACGAGAACGAGGAUAUUCCCGACCCUUUUCAGGACUUCUCCAAGAAUUAUUACGGGGGUUACCACUCGAAUGGCUGGUGA